AUGACAGAUCGUUUUGCACGCACAGAUGGCUCGACUACUGCCCCAUGCAACACCACGGCGGGCCUUUAUUGCGGAGGAACAUGGAGAGGUACAAUCAAUCACCUUGACUAUAUCCAAGGCAUGGGGUUUGAUGCUGUUAUGAUAUCUCCCAUCAUUGAGAACCUCUCCGGUCACGUUUACUAUGGUGAAGCCUACCACGGGUACUGGCCACUGGAUAUCUACGAAAUCAACCCAAAUUUCGGCACGAAACAAGACUUGCUCGAUCUGAGUGAUGCUAUUCACGAGCGAGGGAUGUACCUGUUGAUGGAUACGGUCAUCAACAACAUGGCCUACAUGACCAAUGGAAGCAACCCGGCCACUCACAUCGACUACUCCGUCCUCACUCCAUUCAACAAUGCCGACUACUUCCAUCCUUACUGCAAGAUCACCAACUGGGAGAACUUUACCAACGCGCAACUGUGUCAAACAGGUGACACGUAUGUCGCUCUUCCCGAUCUUUACACUGAGCACGAAGACGUUCAAAAGAUUAUGAUCGACUGGGCUGCGGACGUAAUGAAGACUUAUUCCGUUGAUGGGCUUCGUAUCGAUGCGGCCAAGCACGUCAGUCCUGGAUUCUUGAAGAAUUUCGUCGACUCGAGCACUGCAUUCAUGACCGGGGAAGUUCUUCAAUCGGAAGUCGACAUUAUCUGCAAUUACCAAGAGAAGUACAUUGGUAGCAUGCCAAACUAUCCGGUCUACUACGCAAUGUUGACUGCCUUCACAAACGGCAACAUUAGCCAACUCGCGUUGACGGUGGAACAGAUGAAGGCUGCCUGUCCAGAUGUGACAUCUCUCGUCUCCUUCUCUGAGAACCAUGAUGUCGAACGCAUUGCCAGUUUCGACGACGAUAUUUCGCUUGCCAAAAACAUCCUCGCCUUUACCAUUCUUUUCGACGGCGUGCCGAUGAUUUACGAAGGCCAAGAACAGCACCUCCCAGGAACAGGCACCCCGUUGAACCGUCAAGCCAUAUGGCUUACCGACUAUAAUACCGACGCCGUCCUUUACCAAUUAAUCAAAAAACUCAACACGAUUCGAAAACACGCUUACAAGCUCGAUAACGACUACGUGACGACUGAGUCACGAUCUGUUUUCGUCGGCAGCAGUGAGAUCGCUUUCGUCAAGGGCAUCGAGGGUCUCCAAGUCUUGACACUCCUCAACAAUCAAGGAUCGCAAGGCGGGGCGUAUCAGCUUACCUUACCGUUCAGCUACAAUGCGGGCACGGUGGUGACUGAGAUUCUAACCUGCAAGAACUACACGCUCAACGACAUGGGAGAACUCACCGUCGACAUGGAUAAGGGUGAGCCUCGAGUCUUCUAUCCGACCCAAUUUAUGGAAGGUAGUGGUCUUUGUAGCUGGCCAGCAGCCAACUUGUCUUUGGCAGCCAUUAAGACGGGCAAGACUUCAGCCUCGCUUGGAGUCGUUGGCGGUGGAACCCCCAAUCGCGUUGCUUGUGUCGCUCUCAUGUUGGCAAUUACGACAGGCCUAAUGACGAUGUUCUGA